UAAACUCUUGAACAUUUUCACACAUCUCCCAGGGAAUAAUUCACGAGGAAGUUAUGUGACUGGUUGACUUUGUCUGUUUGUCUGCAGAAAACUCCAAAAGUUAUGGAGGGAUGGGUCAGCAUUAAGGUUGUUCCACAAAGAUUUCAUCCCAAAAAAAUUCCACCAAACUGUGGGAAGGAUCCACAUCCGGAUCCUGGAGGGUUUUCAUGGAUGAAGCGGAUCAGUCCGACGCCUCAUCGAUUCACUGCCCAAGUGUUCGUCCUCAUCUCCGGCUGAGAACUGACAACAGAGAGGGGUCUUUUUAUAUUUUCAUUUGUCUAUCCUCCCUCCGACUCACCGAUGAGCUGAAGUGUCGGACGCGCAGAGCAGCUCUGGUUGAAGAUGGAUGAUUUCAUCGCAGGAUGGAUCGGAGGAGCCUCCAGUGUGGUCGUGGGUCAUCCUCUGGACACCGUGAAGACUCGGCUCCAGGCGGGGAAGGGCUACAGGAACACGCUCCACUGCAUCCUCACCAUCUACAGGAAGGAAACGGUCAUGGGGUUUUUCAAGGGCAUGUCUUUCCCGCUGGCCAGCGUCACCGUCUACAACUCGGCCGUGUUCGGCUUCUUCAGCAACACGCAGAGACUCAUAAGCAAGUAUCGCUACGGCGACGGGCAGCAUCCGUGCGGCAUGCUGGACCUGACGGUGGCCAGCAUGCUGACUGGACUGAUGUCGGUGGGCCUGGGAGCCCCCGUGGACCUGGUCAAGAUCCGACUGCAAAUGCAGACGCAGAUGGUCCUCGCAGAAAACCUGAACCUGGCUGGCAACGUAUCGAACAGCAGCAACAUCCCCCUGCGCUCCGUCGACAUCCCCAGCCAGAGACUCUACCGAGGGCCCGUCCACUGCAUCAGCAGCAUCCUGCAGACCGAGGGCCUCCAGGGCCUGUACAGGGGGGCCGGGGCAAUGAUCCUGCGGGACGUCCCGGGCUACACGCUCUACUUCAUCCCCUACACCCUCUUCUGCAACCUGCUGAAGCCAGACGCCACGUCGAGUCCUCACCCGUGCUCCAUCUGGCUCGCUGGAGGACUGGCAGGGUCCAUCUCCUGGGUUACGGCCACGCCGGCUGACGUGGUGAAGAGCCGCAUGCAGGCCGACGCUCAGCUGCAGAGGAAGUACAAGGGAAUCGUGCACUGCAUCAUCCAAAGCUACAGGUCGGAGGGAAUGCAGGUCUUCUUCCGCGGAGCGUCGGUGAACGCCAUCCGAGGCUUCCCCAUGAGCGCCACCAUGUUCCUGACCUACGAACUCUCGCUGCAGUUCUUGCAGGAGGCGUCUCGGUGGUGAAGGCAUCUCGUCGCUCGACGCUGCGUCUCUGAGGCCAGAGGGACACGACGGCGUGUUGCGACACGGUCGACGCCGACUCGUUGGUCAAGAGAAGUCGGAUCAUCGGGAGAUUGUGAAACAAAAUGUCUGGUGGAAGUUUCAACCUUCUCUUGACCUGCAAAUCACCAAAUCAAUAGUGACGACGGGCGCCGCCCACUUUGACUAUAUAUAUAUAUAUAUUUUAUCUUUGAAAUGUUUAGCUUGUUUCCCUUUAGAUUUGAUUGGCUUCAAUUUGAGUAGGAUUAUAAAACUCAAAUGAGUUCACAUCCCCAAUCAAUUCGUUUGACUUUUCUUUUCUUUUUUUUAAUUCUAAUAUCAGAUUUAGAAUAUAUUUAUUAAAAAAAUUGCUUAAAGUUGCACUGCACAUGUUCUGUAUGUACCGUCCACUUGUACAUAUUAUUAUAUUUCUGUUUCUUACAUUAAGAAAAGUGACUUUAACAAGUUUAGUGUUAACUUCACAUUAACAUGAGCUUUUUCCACAGUACUAUUAAACUAGUACUGUUAAAAUGCACGACUUCAGAAACACAUGAUAAACCGUUAUAGUACAGAUUUACAUUAUCAUUUUUUUUGUUUUAAGCAACAGAAGUUUCAUUCUGAAAUGAAUUGACCACCGAGUCCUCGACUCUUAAAAUAAUUAUUACUUUCACGUGUUAAAUCAGUAUAUUACAGUAUAUUUACUUUCCUGCUUCUGAAAGUGUUUGUCAUUUCAUUUCAACACUUAUUAAUCUGCCUUUAAUGAAUCUGCGGAGCCUCUCGAUCAGAUGUUUCUCAUGUCGGAGCGAAUAUCUUCUAUGAAAUGUAUCCGCCUGCCUCACAGUCAUAUUUUAAUUAGCUUUCUCGUCAUGUAAAUACUGUGUAAAUAAUGUGGACUGCCAUUCCAGAAAGUGUCUUACUGUACAUAAAUAAAGCUUUGAAACGCG